GUAUGGUGAAAUAGUAAAUAUCAACCUGAUAAGAGAUGCCAAAACAGGCAAAUCUAAAGGGUACUGUUUCCUGUGCUAUGAAGAUCAGCGGAGCACCAACCUUGCUGUGGACAACUUCAAUGGCAUAAAGAGGUCAAACUCCCCAUUGGUGGGCCGAUGCCCCCGGCAGAUCGUCCACGUCUCGGCUGCGCCCGGGCGACGACAGCCGCGGCGCGGCGCGCCCGCCACGUACGCCGCACUGGCGCGACGCCGCCGCCGCCGCGCGACCUGGCCGACCGCGUGUCGAGGCCGCCCGUCCGACCGGCACGCGCGCUGAGCCCCAGCGCAGGGCCGAGCCGGUGCUGCCUGGUGCGUCCGCUAAGGGAGAGCGCCCCUGGGCUGUGCUCUCCACAGCGCGGCGCGAGGAGGCUCCUGAGAGCCCUACCGGCGCCGCAUGGCGGCAGCCAGCGGCGCUGACUGCCCGCAGACCCUGCUGAGGUCCGCCGUCAACGACGGAGCGCUGGCUGGCUGGAUGGAGCUCUCGCACACGGAGUUUGACUCCCACGGAGCUUCCGAUGCAGCAGCGAGGACAACAAUGGCAGCAGCAGCAGCUGUAUCAGCGCGGUGGCGGUGAGGGCAGCGGCGGAGGCGGUGGUAACAACACGAGGAGCACUGACCAGCUACGAGUUCAACGGAGCAGCACCUACAUUCUGCAAACAGAAGCUGAAGAGGGCAGCAGACCGGCAGGCAACACAAACGCUGUCUGCCUGUUCCUGAACUAGCAGCAACAGCAGAAGCGAGAGGUUCGACAGGAUCCUUUUUCGUCAGCAGCUGGACCAAGCGCCUGCGGCUUCCCCGGAGCCAGGCGGAGUGAGGAGCUUCCGCCCGAGCGGAGAGACUCCGCACGCUCCGCCGGAGGGCCCGCAGCGCCGCCAUCUGCCGUCUCCCGCUUACCGCUCUCCGCCCGCGCCGUCCACUGCUCUCCGCUUACCGCUCUCCGCCCGCGCCGUCCACCGCCCGCUGCCAAACGCCCACCGCCGCCGCCCGGCCCUGAGACGGUGACCAGGCCUCUCCGGUCCUGGGGUGGCGGUGGUCAGUCUGCUUGGCUGGACCUGCCUCUCCGCUCAUCACAGCGAGCUGUCGGCCGCCCGGCCUGCCCGAGACCGCACGGCACCACGACCGCAGUCGCCAAGGCUGGCGGCAGUCCCAGCUGCAGCAGCUGCUGAACUGAUGUCACCAGAGCUGCCAUAGCGGACCAACGAGUCACUGGAGCUGUUUGCUUUGACUUUGGUAGACCUACCCAGAAUAUUGCCAGGUGUGCAUAGUUUUGGUACCGUUAUUUUCUUUCAUUGAGCGAAUUCAUCAAAUGAUUUUAAAAGAACAUUAUUUGGAAAGUUUUUUUUUGUAACCGUCUUACUGAAUAUCAAGUUAUACAACGAUGCGUCACCAGCGCUGUAUAAAAUAUGCAUUAUUUUAUGACACUGUCCUAUUCAACUCAAUUAAACCUCGAACGUGAACCUAAAAUAAUUCAGCCUCACUUUUUCAUUCACCAUCCCCAAAGUUUUUAAACGGGCUCAGUUAAAUAUUCAGAAAUUUCAACUUAAGAGGUAUAACCGGCUGCAGCUUCCAGUCAACAUAGGAUGCUGUCGCCUGUCACCAACGCUUUUCGCCGUGGCUACCAUCGCGACUAGCUUCAGUCGUUGGCACUCGACACCUUCGCCUUCAUCAAGACUCCGUCGCCCGUCCCGGCUGCUCUCCGGAUAUUCGUCUCCCCGAGACCCGAGCUCCGGGCGUGGCUGCCGGGCCGGCGGCCUGUUCUUCGCAACUCCAAGUGGAGCAUCUCGACAUCAAGUCACCGAGUCGUCGACGCCAAAUAACCGCUUUCUCCAAGGAGCAACGCGUGCUGCUGUCCUCUCCGAGCUGUGAAGCUCGGAGCGGAGCGGCCUUGCCGCUCGCCAGUCUACCGCUCUAACGCGACUGACUCCGCCAUCCCGACACCGCCGUCUCCUCCGUCGUCGCAGCUGACUGAGGCUUGGCUAGCGGCGGCACCUGAUCAGCGCCCGGCUCGGCCUGGUGGUGAGACGGAGUCGGUGAGCUGAGCUCUGCGCCUGAUGGUCAGUCUUCGAGGAGGACCACCACCGGCCGCCGAUGAGCUUCCAGAUCAACCCUGGCUACACGUCUAGCCAGACACCGGCUGGGCCUCCCAGCGACGCUCAGCAGGCUUUUGGACCUCACGUCCCCCGCGCUGGAGACAUGCCUGGAGCGGGGCCAGUCGCGAUGGUCAAGUCCAGCUCGCCUGUUCCCGCUGCGGCGGUGUGGACCGGUGGCUCCGCGGACGCCGGGUGACGCUGGUCACGCUCUGGCGAACACUAUAAUUCUUCCCUGAUGUCUUGGGGCAUCGUCGCCCGCCGCCGGCGUCUGGUACGCUCGGUCCUCUAGACGCAGCGGACAGCCGGCGUCAGAACAGGACUGGAGCGGAACUGGUGGACUUCUGACGAGCUGAUCGCGAAGGCAGCCGAGGCAACCCCUGACAACAGCUGGUGUGUCCCGGCGCCCUGUCACCGCCGCCGCCGCUGGCACCCGAGCCGUAGAGACCUUGUCUCCGGCCGACGCAGCGGCGACUGGACGACGCCGAUGCCGGUGCGGACGCCUCCCGCCGCUGCAGCUGGCCUCGGCGCCGUCCCAGGCCCGGCCACGCCGGCCGCGGGCUCUGCCGACACCCCAACCAGCUGGGUGAAACACAUCGCUGAGUAUCACCACCCCUGGUUGCUCAGAGUGGCGUCGGAUCGGCGCGAGCCGCGUCUGAGCUGAGUCGGAUGGCCUCGCCGAAGGGUGGGUAAGAUGCUGCUGAAGCGGACCAUCCGGGUGGACCACGUGCGAGACUACAAGCCGCCCAAGGACAACGAGGAUCUGGACGACAUCACGCGUCGGCUGCACGAGGAGGGCGUGGCGCCGCGCACACCGAGCCCGACGCGGCCGGCCGAGCCGCCCCCGGAGCCGGAGCCGGAGCACAAGUCGCCGGCCAGCGCGCACAAAGUCAAAAAGGAGAAGAAGAAAAAGAAGAAAGUAAAGAAAGAGUCUGACGAGUCUUCGGACGAAGAGCGCUCCCCGAAGAAAAAGAAGUCAAAGAAGAAGAAGAAAAAGAGGGAAGUUUCAUCUGAUUCUGAAGACUCACUAGAUUCUGACUCUGAGGAGGAGCGCCGACGGAAGAAGAAAAAGAAACAGAAGAAGAAAAAGAAGCGUCGCCAUUCAUCGAGCAGUGAGACGGAGUCGAGUGCCGAGCAGUCGGAGGCCGACUCGUCACAGAGCGAGGACGAGAGUCGCAGCAGUCGCCGUCGCAAGAAGAAGUCGCACCGUCACCGGCGCCACAGCUCCUCACAGGAAGAGGAAGAGGAGGAGGAGUCUGUGUCUGAGAGGAGCGAGUCUCCGUCCCCUCCGCCGCGCGAACUGGAGCGGCGCGACUCGAGCGGUGCGCGCCGCGGCCCGCCGAUGCGCUCCGGCGUCCAACAACCCAACGGGAAUGGUCGGCCGUUCCCGGGCCGGCAGGCCAGAGGACGCGGCGGUGGAGGCGGCGGCGGCGGCGGAGGAGGAGGCGGAGGCGGCGGUGGCGGUGGCGGCGCCAAGAGACGGGCGCGAGGCGGGCGGGCGCGUUUCAGGCCCCGGGACAUGCAGCAGGAGCAGCAGCGGCAGAUGCGUGAGGCCCAGCUGCCUCCGCCGCGUAUGCACAUUGAAAUGGACCAGGUGAACGCUCGUGACCGGCGUCUUCUGGAGCUGGCCGAGUACGUCCCGAGCCACCCUGUGCUGGAGCGGCACCGACAGGCGCCAGAGUCGCUCGACCAGCUCCGCGAGGAGGUAGAGUCACUCAGGGAGCUGGUCAGCUCGCAGGCCGCGCCCUCUCCGCCUCCACCGCCGCCCAAACGCAGGAUGCUGUCGCCGGAGUGGCGUGGCCGCUCCCCGUCGCCGCCGCCGCCGCAGCGAGGCCGCUCGCCCCCGCCGCCGCCCCGCGGCCGGUCACCUCCGCCCAGAGGGAGGUCACCGCCCCCGCCGCCGCGGGGCAGGAGGGGUGGGCCGCGCUCGCCGCCGAUGCCGCCGCCACCCCCUCCCAGGAGCGAGGGGAGACCCAUGGAGCGCAGAGAUCGUCCGCCAAAGAUAAGACCCGCGAGCCCGCCGCCAGACCGGCGCGACCGCGGCCCGGGCCAGCGCUACAGGAGUCCGGACGGGCCGCCCGAUCGGAGAGACCGUGGACCAAACGGACCACCGGAUCGGAGAGACCGUGGACCAAACGGGCCACCGGACAGGCGGGAUCGCGGACCGAACGGACCACCAGACCGGCGGGAUCGAGGACCGAAUGGACCACCGGACAGACGAGAUCGAGGGCCAAACGGACCACCGGAUCGUCGAGAUCGAGGACCAAAUGGACCACCAGACCGGCGAGAUAGGGGGCCUAAUGGACCACCGGACCGUCGAGACAGGGGUCGCCCCAUGUCACCCGACCGUCGCGACAGAGGACGCCCAAUCACCCCCGACAAACGCGACAGGGGCCGGCCGAGCUCCCCCGACAGACGCGAGCGGGAGCGUUCCCCCGUCCGGAAGAAGGCGUCUGAAAGCAGCAGGCGAGGUUCAGAGGACUCUCGGCGGGGAAAGCCAUCCAAUGGCAGGGCAGAACACCGCUCCGGCUCCCGGUCCCGGUCUCCGGUCCGACGCGAGUCGUCUGCGUCGGACGGUCGUCGAGGGCGACGCUGAUCGACGCAGCGGCGCAGGAGGCGAGCCGGGAAACAAGUUUGAGACUGCCAGAACUUUUGUUGGGCCGGGGUGGAGAUGCGAGUUGGGGACGUUAGCGACUAUCGUAAGUCGGAACGUUGUUGAGUAUCAGUUAUAAACGUUGCGAGUAUGGAGUCGAAAUGCGAAUGGGAUGUUCUCGACCACCAUAUGCCGGGUUGAUGUUUGUAUGCGAGAUGUUGUGCGAAGUCGAGUGUGAGAGUGCGUGGAUGAUCGUACUGUAGCGAUCAGGUGGGGCGUCUCGAUGAGGGCGGGUUUUGAUCGGGGUUUGCCGGGCGGGGUGGGCGGAGUGUUCCAGAGACGCACUUCUCUUCUCCAGCUGGUGUAUUUAGCCGGCGACAUGAACACGACGCACGCGCUCACCACAUAGGAAAACACCAAGCAUGUGUGUAGGCAUAAGAGUGUGUGCUACAUGCAGUUCUGGGACGAAUACAUAUGGCUUCACUGGACUA